AUGCGUUUGCAACUCGUCUUGGCUAUGCUUUUUGCCUUGAUGGUAACAGCAUCACCGAUCACCGAACUUCUUCAUCGUAUCAAGCGCCAAAUCGUUCAAACCUACGAUGUCACACAAGUCACCUAUAACUCCAAGGGGAAGCCAGUUGCAACAACCAUUCUUCGUGUCACCACAACCGUCUAUCCUUCCACUACCUUGGCACCAGUUCCAACCGCAACUCCCACAGACUAUGUUUCGACUGCUUUGUAUCACCACAAUAUCCAUCGUACCAAUCAUUCUGUUCCUCUUCUUAGAUGGAAUACAACCCUCGUUGCAUCCGCUCAGGUUCUUGCUGCAACAUGCAAGUGGGGUCACAGCAUGAACAUUAAUGGCGGUGGAUAUGGACAAAACAUUGCUGCAUACGGUUCCACUAAUGCUAAGGCUCUUGGUGCUAAUAAGGAGAUGGCUGUCGCUGCUACAAACAUGUGGUACAAUGGAGAACAACCUCUUUACCUUCCUUCCUAUUAUGGCAAGAAUAAUCCCGACUUAACCACUUUUGAGAAGUGGGGUCAUUUCACUCAGAUGGUUUGGCUCGCUACCAGUUCUGUUGGUUGUGCUACUCAACUUUGUGAACCAAUGGAUAUUUGGCCAAAUAUGCCAGCUUGGUAUACUGUCUGCAAUUAUUAUCCACCAGGAAACAUGGGUGGUCAAUAUGGCGUUAAUGUCUUUCCACCACUUCGACACCCUUCUGUCAAUGUUGUCAAUGCUUAA